AUGAAAAGGUAGUUAAUACGUUGUUGUUUACUCAUGUCAAGUGCAUAAAACUUUUUAAAAUUGGGUUUCGAAAUGGUUGAAAUUCAAAUUAUCUUGCUCUUGGUACAUCAAAAUUGUAAAAAAUUAAAUUUUACGGGUAUUUUUGGAAAAAAUACUUGUGAUCCGUACUAUAUCAUAACUAUUGCUAAGGCUAAGGCUAUGUCUAAACUUUUUAAGUUCAAAUUUUAAAAAACAUAAAAACCGUGUCACCUAGAACAAUAUAACUCUCUAUUUUCAGCCUCGGAGACGUGAACUGGCAAAUCGCUGUCGAACGUGACACCCAAGAAGGCUAUGCCCUCGAGGUUGAACAAUGUUCUUGCCCACCAGGCUACACCGGCCUUUCUUGCGAAGACUGUGCUCCAGGCUACGAACGUUCCGGCCAAGGACCAUACCUCGGUACCUGUAUCCCAAUCCGUGAACGCCCACGCCCACAAAUCAGCUGUGGCCCUGGAGCUGUGGCCCCAACUACCCAAGAUCGAUGCGAAUGCAAACCCAACGUUGUUGGACUAAACUGUGACCGAUGUGCUCCAAACACGUUUGGUCUCAGUGCUCACAACCCUCAGGGCUGUAACAGAUGUUGGUGCGCUGGUGUGACCGGUACUUGUGACUCUUCCUCGUUCCGAAGAGCUCAAGUUGAGGUCGACUACCAACGUGGUGCUCAAGACCAACUUCAGGUGCAGACCAACGACAUUGAGUCGCCAUUCCAGCCCAGCCAACAACCAAGAGUUACCGGAUCCAGCAUCUCCUUUGACGGAUUCAGCGAAGCUCGUGGUCAGCCUUUGUACUGGAAGUUGCCGGCCAAGUUUGCUGGUGAUAAGGUCACGUCCUACGGUGGAAACCUCGAGUACUCUGGUCGCUGCUCAGGAAGUGGUGAACCAACUCCAGAUGCUGCUGUUAUCAUCCGUGGUAACAAUGUCGUCCUUCACCAUCAAAGCCGCCAGCCACAGACUGCCGAACAGGAACAUCGUGUAUCGAUUCCAAUCACGGAACAGUCCUUUACUCGUGCUGAUGGACAACCAGCUUCACGUGAAGACCUGCUCAUGGCUUUGGCUGAUGUUGAUGAUGUGUUGGUCAAGUCGACUUGUGUUCAAGAUACCACCAACUCCGAGCUUUACAGUGUCAAACUAGACUACGCCGAGCCAUAUGGAUCCGGUGCCAAUGCUGUUGAGGUAGAACAAUGUCAAUGUCCAAUCGGCUACGUUGGCCCGUCGUGUGAGGACUGUGCUCCAGGCUACUCCCGGGUACAAGGUGGACCAUAUCUUGGACUGUGCCAGAAAUGUGACUGUAAUGGACACGCGAGCCAAUGUGACAGCCAGUACGGUACUUGUUUGAACUGUCAACAUAACACUGAAGGCGAUCACUGUGAACGAUGUGCUCCAGGCUUUGUGGGUGAUGCUCGUCGUGGUACUCCACAUGAUUGUCAGCCAGAACAGGUCAAGCCGCCAUGCCAAUGUCACAACCACUCACCAAGAGGCUGUGACUCAUUCGGAAGAUGUUUGUUAUGUGAACAUAACACAGAAGGCUUUCAUUGUGAGGCCUGUAAGAAGGGAUUCUAUGGUGACGCUACUCGUGGUAGUCCUUACGAUUGUACUCCUUGUCCUUGCCCGUGAGUUUGAGGCUAUAUUAAUGUAAAAAAAGGUUUUGAAAAUGUAAAAAGUUUUUCAAAAAGUAUUCAAAUACUAUUAUUUUGAAUUUUUUGUUUGAUUUUAAAAUGACUUUUUAACUUUCAGAGGAGCAGCCGACUGCUUCUUGGAUAACGGAGGCCAAGUGCAAUGCAGAAACUGCCCAGCUGGUUAUGCUGGACGUCUUUGUGAUGAGUAAGUUUACAAAAAAAAAUAUUAUAAAAGUAACUAGCUUUCAAAUAAAAAGUUUUAAAUCUUUUUUACAAUUUUUGAAAUUUCAAGCUACCAAGUUAGCUCAAAACUUUUUGAACAAUUUAAUAAAAAAAUUGGCGCUCAUCCAGAAUAGCCCCCCUACCCAUACCAUUUCAAGCACCCACCGAUCUUAUCCAGAACAAACCCCCAAAAACUCAUUUUCAAAAAGCAAAUUGAAUAUUUCUUUUUUUUUCUCUUGCGAUUUCUCACAUAAAUUUCAAUUUGCAGAAAAUUUUUAACCCCCACUGCACCCCCACCCACUGUAGAUCGCACCCCCACCCAAUGUAGAUUGCACCCCCACCCACUGUAGAUCGCACCCCCACCCACUGUAGAUCGCACCCCCCCCUUUGUAGAUCGCACCCCCACCCACUGUAGAUCGCACCCCCACCCACUGUAGAUCGCACCCCCACCCACUGUAGAUCGCACCCCCACCCAAUGUAGAUCGCACCCCCACCCACUGUAGAUCGCACCCCCACCCACUGUAGAUCGCACCCCCACCAUUGUAUUUCACACCCCCAGAAAAUGAAAUUCACAACCGGCACGUAAAAAGUCAAAAAUUAUUCAUUUUUUAAAUUGACCUUUACGAAAUCAAUGAAAAUGCGUAUAAAAGGCAGCAGAUUUUGCAAAUUCUUCAUUCUGCUCCUCCGUUCACCGCCCUGGCCAGUCAGCAGACCAGCACUCUCUCGCGCGACCCUCAAUCCCCAACUUCGGACAUUACCGAUAUGGUUCGGCCAAGUGGGAUCGACCUGGAGUUGGAGAUUGGGGGUUUCACUAGGGGUGCGAACUGGCGGUUGGGUGUGUGAAACGGAAUGGGGGCUGUUCUGGAUGAGCCCCAAAAAAUUUUUUUUAAAUUGAAAAUUAUAAGAAAGUAAAAGAUGAAAAAUCUAAAUUUUGGUCAUAAUCUGUGCUAGGAGAGGGGGCAGGGUAAUUUUUGGGAAAAAAAAAUUUGUAAUUUUUAAAAAGUUUACGGAAUAAAUUCACAGGGGGACCAAGUUCAAUUUUUUAAAAAAAAAUUUUUUUUUCAUUUUGAAAAAUUAAAAAAAUAUAUGUUAGGUUGUCUCAAAAGAAAUGGCAAAAAAUAAUUUUUAACCAUCCUCCUUCCCCAGCUCCGCCCAACACCCCAAAUUUUCAAACCAAACCUCAUCAAACCCUUCCAGAUGCGCCCCAGGCUACACCCGUUCCCAACAAAGCGGUGGUCGCGAAUGCGAGCCGAUCGGACGUGUCGAGCCGGACCGUGUACACUUCGUGGACAAUCCAGCAGGUCAGCAUAGCUGGAAUAGUAACCGUCAUCAUGCGGCGUCGUGGCGCGAGGGCCGACGCCGUCGUUACCGCGUGCGCGGCCGCUUUUUCCGCCAUUAAUACUCUCGGCUUAUCAUUAAUAUUUUAGUUUUUUUUUCGUUUUGCGUUCGCUUUAAGUUUUCAGCGUAUUUUAUGUUUCGAUGGUGUCUUUGUAACGAAAAGAUUUGAGGUAUGGCAAUGAGAAAAGGUAAGUUUAACAUAUUUGGUUGUUCAAAUAAUUCUGAGCUACAUAAGCCUGAAAAUUUGCUUGUGGAGUGGCGCAGAAUUAUUUGAACAAAUUAAUAUUGAAAAAAAAUAAUUCUGAACAUAAUAUUGGAUGUUCCAUUAAUUAUGUGCUCCUUAUCCCCGAAGUUCGCUUUGAAAGGGGGCACUGAAUUAUUUGAACAAAUGAAUAAAGAUGGAUUCAAAAUGCCAUUUUUUGAUGAUAAACAUAGAUUGAGAGUGUCAUUUUUAACUAGUUAAACUCAAAAAAUCAAGCUUUAUUACCCGCCCAGAAGAUGAUAAGAGCCAUACCCAAACACUUUUCAAUUUUUGUGUCAUACGGUCUACAACGCACUAUAAUACUGCCUUUUCUAAACUUAAUCAAUAUCAUGUCCAGUCAAUUUUAAUAUUAGAAUUUUCGUUUUUUUCAUGUCACAAUCGUUGUUUCGCGUCGUAUUGGUGGGUGUUGUACUACAAAUUUAAAAAAAAUUUUUUAGUCCUGACUUUGAAAUUCGGAAAACUUAAACUUACACACUUCUCAAUACCACGUCAAAACACUGUCAUACUGUAGUUUUUUUUUUUCAUUUUUUCAUUAUUGUGAAAGUAUGUUUUUCGUGUUUUUAGCACAGUAAACAUUUAUACGUUUUUUGUUCAGCUUACUUUUAGUUCUUUUAUACAUGUAUUUAGUUUUACAGCACAACUUGUUAACGUAAGUGAUGGUAUCAAUGUAGUUUUUGUUCGGUGUAAGUUUAUUGGUCGAUAUCUUCUUUGUGACGUAAGUUACGACAAUGUAAAGUCGAUAUAUCGUACUUGGUGUAAGUUGUGACUUAUUAGUGAACAGUGGUGAAAGUUAUGACUAUAUUGUCCAUGGCGAAAGUUAUGGCUUGUAUAGUAUUGUAUAGAUCAUAGCAUGAGUUAUGAAUUGUAUAGUACUGUAUGCACAAACGUAAAAAGUUUUGUUGGUUAUGUAAUUGCCUUUUUGGCUAAUGUACUGUGUCACGUAAGGUACUAUUACUACAAUUUUUUUACUUUUUUCAUUUUUUUUUGUUUUCGCUGUUAAUAUUUUUGCAUUUUUGUUGCCUAGCUAUUAAUUUCGAUGACUGGUGAAAACAUUUUUAUCAUUAGAUUAUUUACCGUAGCUAAAACCCCCUUAUUCAACCUCUAACACCUUCUAUUUCAGUACCCCUCCGAGUUGAAAUCCUAGCUCCAAAACACUUGGUAAUCCACGAAGGUCAGCGUGCCAAAUGGACCUGCCAAGUUGUCGGCCACAAGCCCGAGAAUGUUGAUGUCAGCUGGAUCAAGGUUGGCGAGGGUGAGCUUCCACCUCACGUCAGGGUUCAUAACACGAACCAGAUCGUCAUCGACCAGGUCCGCCACUCCGACCAAGGUCAAUAUCGUUGUAUUGGAACGUCGAAGAUCGAUGGAACGCAAGCCAGCGACGAUGCCACACUUCAAAUCAGUCGUCCACCUCAACUUCCAGCUUCUCCAUCGACUGGCCCUGUUCCUCAACCGGUCGUAACUCCACCACAACAAACUGUCAACCAACAUCAGUCGGCUACCUUUACCUGUCUGGUUCCUGGCUUUGCUGACUGUGAAGUUGUGUGGCAUUUCAACGAGAUUAAUGGAGCUUUGCCGCCUGGUGUUCAUCGCCGUGGAAACCAGAUCUUCAUUCCACAAGCUGAACAACAUCAUGUUGGUAACUACAUUUGUACCGUGGCUAAUCAGUACGGUCAAGGUGUUUCGAACCCUGGUCACUUGGAUGUGAACAAACGUGAGUUUAAGGAAUUGUCAUGGUUUUUGUAAGAGUUCAAGAAAGAUUUUCCAUUUUUUGACUAGUAAUUGCAAUGUUUUUACUAUGCUUUGCAUAUCAACAUAGCCUAGAUCAAUAUUUUCAGCUGACAUGCGUCCAAUCGCUGAUCCACCAGUCCAGACCGUCAGCGUCAACGACCCAGCCCGUUUCCGUUGCUGGGUUCCAGGCCAUCCAGACGCCAAGAUCACAUGGCGUCCAGAACAAGGUUCAUCUCUACCACAAGACGUUGAACAACGUGACGGCAUCCUCAAUAUCCCACACGCCCAACAGCAUCACGCUCAACGUUACAUCUGUUCGGCGUCGGAUCCCAGCGCUCCAAACCGACCACCAGUCGAUGCGAACCCAGUCCAACUUGUGAUCAAGGCUCCGGAUGCUCCAGUAGCACCACAAGUUGAUCCACUUCACCAACAAGUGCCUAAAGGCAGUCCAGCUCGUUUCCGUUGUUGGGUACCUGGAAAGCCGGAUGCUCAAGUGAAAUGGAGCGUGCACGGUGGUGGAGCAUUGCCAGAAGGCGCCGUAGACAAGGAUGGAGUUCUUGAAUUCCCAUCGGUCGAUGACUUCCAUGCCGGAGGCUAUGUCUGCUCAGUGUUCAACCCAGAGAACGGUCAACCAAUCGACUCGCCUGUCGCUCGUUUGGACGUCAAACAGCCUCUGAAUCCUCAGGUCGAUCCUCGUGAACAGACCGUUCCAGAAGGCAAUCCAGCCAAAAUCCGUUGUUGGGUCGAUGGUGUACCAAACGCUCUGCUUCGCUGGAACGUCAAGGGUGGUCGUCCUCUACCUGCCGGAGCUCGUGACGAUGGUCGUGGCAACUUGUACAUUGACAGGGUUGGUCAAGAACAUGCUACCGACUACGAAUGUACCGCUUACGACCCAGUCGACCGUACUCCAGCCGUCUCCGAACCAGCCAACAUCCAAGUUCAACGUGCUGAACAACCUCAAGUUUCUGCACAAGGUAGACCACCACGACCGGUCGCUACACCACCAGUAAUUACCGUGAAGCGUGGAGAUCCAGCCCGCUUCCACUGUGAUCCAAACAGCGACGUACCAGCUGAAGUUCACUGGGGCUACGGCUCGGCCAACGGUCCAUUGGAAGGUGAUGUUUCACAGAACGGUGACGAUGUUAUCAUCAACUCUGCUGAUGACUCUAAUGCUGGUGAAUACUAUUGUCAAGCUACCAACGAGUUUGGUACUGGACAAGCUGAACCAGUUAAACUAGUGAUUGUGGACGAUGAAGAGGUUAUUCCACCUACGGCACGUGUCGAACCUAAAGUAUGGAACGGCGAACCAGGAGAAACCCACCAAUUCAAGUGUAUUGUGACUGGCACACCUCACCCAACCAUCAAGUGGGUGGGUCCUGACGGUUCCUCAUUGCCAGAAGGCGUUGUUGAUCUGGGUGAAGGAAUUCUGGAGAUCAGCAAGGCCAAGAAGUCGCUCCACGAUGGUGACUACACUUGUACGGCGUCGAACGAGCACGGUGAAGCUUCUGAUAAAGGAACUGCCAAUAUUAACCCAUCAAUCAAGAUUAUCAUUGACAAACCUGAAACUGGUACUCCUCUGGGACCAAGAAUCGUUCUUACCGUUGGAGAACCAUUGGAAAUCAGAUGUACUGCUCAUGGUGAACCUGAUCCAGAUGUCGAAUGGCUUCAGUAAGUGUUUCCAAAAAGCAAAUUUCAAAAAAAAGGGUUACCACAGGUUUAAUCACGUUUACCUACAUUGUUUUUCUUUAACUACCUAAAAUUCAAAAAAAAGUAACCUACUAAAAUAUAAUUUUAGUAGCUGUGGGUUGAAACGGAGCGAAUUUCCACAAUAUUCAUAGUUUUUACCUUCGUUUUACACUUUUUUCAAAAUCCGAAUAGUUAUUCUCCAUUCUGCCCUUUUUGAAUACCUAAAAUUCAAAAAAAGAAUAAAAACAACCUACUACAAUAUCGUUUUAGCGACCCCGGACCGGAACGUGGCGAUCUUCCAGACGACUAUGUUCCAAUCACAAUCUCUGAACAGUUCAUCCGUCAUCCAGCCAUCGGAUUAGGCAAUGCUGGUCGCUACACUUGCAAGGGAUCCAACCAAUUCAGCACCGUGACCAAAGACAUCUACGUCGAGGUCGUGGAAGCUACUGCUCGAACUACAGUAGCCAUCAUUGGCGGAUCCAACCAGUUCUUCCCAACCAAUCAACCAGCUCAGAUCCUGUGCACAGCCACUGGCGCUUCGUUGGUCGAUAGAAUCGAAUGGACAAGAUUGGAUGGAGGUCUUCCUGAUGGUGUCGAAGCUCACAACGAACCUGGAUUGUUGCAUUUCGAACAAUUCAGAGAGUCGGAUGCUGGAGAAUAUGAAUGUAGAGCUUACAGAAAGGAGGAGCUGAUUGCCAGCUCCACCGUUCAUGUUUACGCCGACAAUCGCACUCCAGCUGAUGUUGCUCAUGUCGAGAUCUCAGCUCCAUCUGUUCGUGUCGUCAACAAGGGAGACUCGAUCGUUUUGGACUGUCUGGUUCACGGUUGGUUUUGAUUUUUGGAUUAUAUUUGCCUAAAAAUGAAGGGUAAUAUUGAGAAAAAUAGUUUAGAAAGAAAAAAAUUGGUUUGGAAAGGAAAAAUAUUGUUUUAGAUAACAAAUAAAAGCUGUUUUUGGUAUAUACUAUUAAUUUAGGUAAUAAAACAAUUUGAAAGCUAAAAGGCAAAGCUUUAGAUAGUAUUUUCAGACCAGAAAAUUGUUUUAGGUAACAAAAUAGUUUUGAAGCAAAAAAACGAAAAAAUUAGGUAACAAAAUAAUAAAAAAUUUAAUUUUUUAAAAUCUUUUAGUUAAUCUAACAUAACAUACCUAUAUUUUGAUAAUUUUAUUGGUUUUCACUUUUGUUUGCACUAACAAAUCCAUGAACAACAUUUAGCACGUCGACGCCCAACCUCAUUCACAUGGUAUCAGGGUGAGAAUACACAGCAUUUGCAAGAUAUUGUGUGGUGUGAUCGUCGUAUGUUGCACAUAAUCAAUGUUCAAUCCGAACAUGCCGGUGUUUACUUUAUUCAGGUCGAUUUUGAGGAUGGACAACGAGUCACGUCAAAGCCAUCGUAUCUUGUGGUACGAUCCACCAGCUACUACGGUUACGUUUUUGAUUUUGUUUGGUUUUAAUUUUGUUUGUUUUCCUUUUUUUUUAACUUUGUUUUUAUUGAUUUUCAUUUUCUGGCAUUUGGUUUUGAUUCUUCUUGAGUUUGGUCAUGGUGAACAUGGUGUUCGGCUUCUGUUUUAAAGUUUUCAUCAGAAUUGGAUUGGCGUUGAAGACUAAAUAUCAUUUAUAUUAUAGCAAAGAUGUGAUAGAUGGAUUCUAAGGCCAUUUUGAACGUGUUUGAGUUUGAUAACAAUAUGAUUUGCCUUGGUUUUCUAGUUUUUUGUCGUUUUUUGGUGGAGGUGUUUGUAUUGUAAAGCCGAUAGCUCACUUGCUUCGCUUCAGGUUUUGAUCAUAUUUGGUAUAGAGGUAGCAAAGGACCUAUUUAGUACGCAUGAAAUGUUGUAAAUUCAAUUUUUUGAUUUUAAAAUACGAAAAAAAUUUAAAACUUCAAGUUUUACCUAAAAAAUUUGAUUUUUUAAAUAUUUUUUUUUGGAUUUUUAAUGAAACUUGAAGUUUUUUUACAUGGUUAGUAAUAGUAUUCUUGGCUAUCUUUGCGCAAAUUUUGAAUGAAAUCUAAAGCGGUUUGGUUUCUUCAUUAUUAGUUGAUGUUGUACUUGGUUUGGUCUUUUUUGUUGAAUUUUUUGUUGUUUUUGGUUUAGUUAACAAUUUUAACUGAAGAAAAGUAAUUUAGUAUCUAAGAAACAGUUUAGAAAGACAUGGAGCCUAGUUAGACUAUCAAAAAAUUUCAUUUUGGGCUUAAGUUCAAGCCAAAAGCCUACCUUUUGUCUGUUUAGGAGGUCACGACUCCGAACUCAAGUAUCGUUGGUCGUUAGCUCGUGGUGGUUCUGUGGUUAAACAGUUGGGUGAAGAAGCUCAAUUGACAAUCAAAUCGGCCGAUCCAACCAAUGACUAUGGUAUCUACAGAUGUGAAGUCGACAACGAUGAUGGUGACACAUUGGGCAGUGCUCAAGCUGCUGUUUCUGUUGGAUACGACGCUUCUACAAGUUCGUAACAUAAUAUCUUGGGAGAUAAUAACUUGGGAGAUUGUCUUUUAUGAUAUUGGGUUGAUAGUUUGAAGGGGAUGCCUUGUUAAGCGGUUGGGAAUGGUUUUUGUUAAGGUUUAUAGGGAUUUCUAGGUCAAUAUCAAGGUUUUUGUGGAUGAAGACAGAAGUUUCCUUAAAUUAUAGACGCUGAUCUAAUACUUCUUGUUGAUAUUUACGAUCUUUUUGAUAAAAUAGGUCUUUUUCUCUAAAUUUACUUUAAAUUUUUACGUCCUUUACCUUCUUUACCUAUUUACUUGUCUUCUACUAUCCACUUCCUAUACCUAUCUAUCUUCUUCUAUCCCUAUCUCUUCCAAAUAUGAAUGUAUCUCUCUAACUUUUAAACUUUUAGACCCAGAAGAAGCUAAGUUCGAAGAGGAAUCAGAAGCCGUUUUGAUUUGUCCAGUCUUCACCGUACCUGGAGCUACUGUAACAUGGUACAAGCAUUCUGGUGAAUUGCCAAAGGAAGCCGAACAAAAUGGAAACAAGUUGACGUAUGUUUGUUUUAGUACUGUUUUUGAGGUUUUAGGUGCCAUAUUUUGACUUUGGUUAAAUAGGAUUGGAGAGCAAGUAUCUUAUUGUACUGUAGGUCUAGUAUCUUAUCAUGCUGUCGAUGGUAUAUGUUAUAGUUUUUGACUUAUAAACUCCAUUUUAGUAUUCCAUUGUUCACUGAAGAAACCGCCGGCUUGUACACUUGUACUGUACAAUACGGACAAAGCACUGUGGAAGGAUACAUCAAUGCCAAGAUCUUUGGUAAGCUACUAUAAUAUAAAUGUGGAUUCGUAGCUAAACACGAAUUUUAAAGCAAAGAAAAACAGAAAAAUUAAAAAAUACACUUUAAACUUCGUAUUUAAAAAAAAAAAUUUUAGUACCAGACACAACGAUCCAAGUAGUACUGAAUGUUUCAUCCGAAUCCGUCAGAGAAGGUGAUCGUGUUUGGUUGGACUGUGUUGUCACUGGUGACCCAACAGCAAAGAUUGAGUUCAGCAAGGUUGAUGCUGAUGAGCUACCAUCUGGAGCGCAGGUAGGGCUUGAAGGGUUUCUGCUAAAAACUUUACUUUUAACCUAGUUUUAUUGUAUAUUACUAUAGCAAAACGUGCUGACAGGUUAUAAAAGCAUGCUUAAAUUCCAGAUAACAGAGUGUGACGAUCUCGCGCGCGAAAAGAAAGUAAGAUAUAGGUGUUAGGCGUGCAGUUGGUGUAGUGUAGUGGUGGUUUUGUAAAUAUGGUGGUUGUUGUGAUAGUGAAGGGUUUAGAAUGAAAGUUAUGGUAUCAAGUUGUUCAAAAGAAAUCUGUGGCUUUAGGUUGUUUAAAUAAUUCUGUGUUCCUUCUCAAAGCAAAUUUUUGGGAUUAAGGGCACAAAAUUACUUGAACAACUUAUCAGUUACAGUGGCUAUCUUAUAGUCAUGGUUCUCUAGAGCUGCUGAGUCGGGUCUGGCGCCAGUACACAUUUGGCUCCGGAUAGACGGAGCUAAAAUAUAAAAAAGGCUGAGCUGGAGCAGUAACUAGACCGGGAGCUGAAGCUGGUGGUGGAAGCUUUAAAUUUGGGCGCUCUUUAUAUAUCUAUUGAGGUGGUGGUUGCAGUGAAAGGUUUUCGAGUGUUAUUAUGGUUGUUAUAAUGAAGGUUUAUUCGAAUUUAAUGGUGGUUCUUGUGAUGGGUUUAAUUUUUUAAAUUUUAUAUUGUAGUAAAGUUAAUUAUAAUAGUGUUUUGUGCAAAGUUUGGCACUUUUUAUCAAUAAAAAAGUGUUUAAAAAAGUUUUGUCGUUUUUGAACGUGCAAAGCCAAUGCAAACUGGCGACAAGAUUUUUUUCAUUUAACGUGUAGUUGUAGUAAUGUUUUACAGGUUUUCAAGCACGACUUGGCAUGUAAAAAAGUCUUUUCGGUUUUAGACGUUUAAGCCAAUGCAAUUUGACGACAAGUCUUCUUUUUCGAUUUCGCACUUGAAUUUUGACGUUGUUUUUGGUUUGAAGUGGUCACAAAACUCAUAUUAAGGUGUUCAAAUAAUUCUGAGCUCUCUAACGUCGAACAUUUGCUUUGAGAUGGGGCACAUAAUUAUUUGAACAACCAAAUAUUGGUUGUCCAAAUAAUUCUGAGCUCCUUUCCAAAAAUUUUUUUUGAGCUGGGGCACAGGAUUUUUUGAACAACUUAUCAAUUUGAAAACCAAAACUCAAUUUUAAUAAAACCUUUCCAGGUAACCGGAAACCGACUUCUCUUCACGUCCGUAACCGCCGACGACGCCGGCAAGUACCAAUGUCGCGCCUACAUUACGGGCGGAUUCUUGGACACCAGCGCCUUGUUGAGUGUGGAGCCAGCGAAACGUAAGCGAAAACGGCUGAGCCGGCAACAACGUCGCCGUCUCUUGGCCAAGCGACGCCAUCGCCGCAGGCAUUCGGAGCCGGAAGCCGGCUUCGCGGCUCAUCGGCAGCACGAUGAAGCCAUGCCACAUUCGUUGUUCGGCCGGUGGUUUGCGUCGAUUUAA